AGAGUACGGUUAACGACUUCAAGAUCUCAAGGUAAGCCUACCGCUGUGCUGCUGCCCGGAGCUCGUUCUCAUUGUUCUUCAUCACGCUCUAGACUCUCGCCAUGGCCACUUUCUCCUCCAGCCCCAUCGUAAUUGAUGGCAAGGGCCAUCUCCUUGGCCGGCUGGCUUCAAUCAUCUCGAAGCAGAUUCUUUCUGGCCAGAAAAUCGUUGUGGUACGGUGCGAGGAAAUCAACAUCUCGGGGAGCUUCUUCCGCAACAAGCUCCGGUACCACAACUUCCUCCACAAACGCCACAUUGUCAACCCCAAGAAAUCUGGCCCCUUCCACCACCGCGCCCCCUCCAAGAUUUUGUUCCGUGCCAUUCGUGGCAUGAUUCCCCACAAGACCGCCCGCGGCGCAGCUGCCCUCGAGCGCCUCAAGUUGUUCGAGGGUGUUCCCCCACCCUACGACAGGAAGAAGAGGAUGGUCGUGCCGGAGGCGUUGCGAGUGUUGAGAUUGAAGCCUGGCAGGAAGUACUGCACGGUCAAGCGUCUGUCCCACGAGGUUGGCUGGGGCUACAAGGACGUUGUGGACCGUCUGGAGGAGAAGAGGAAGGUGAAGGCCCAGGCCUUCCACGCGCGCAAGCUUGCCGCUGUCAAGCUGCGCCAAAAGGCUAUCGCGGACAACACGUCGGAGAAUCUCACACAGCUCGGUUAUUAGGCGGACGGGCAUCUCAGCCUCCUUUACCCUACGUUCGCUCUCCGCUACCUAUGACCAGAUGCUAUGAGAUAUUCUAUGUAACACUUUACUGCUCCACUAUGCAGCGCUGUCGGGCGUUAUGUCGAAUAUGAUGCGUCGUUCCUCGGGCUUGCGCAUCUGUAUCAUGCUUCGAAAGCAGGCAGCCAAUCCGGCGUUGUCGAAUCGCAACCGUGGAGGACGGUAUGUACUGAU